GAUAAAUAUAAAUAAUUCAUGUUAAGAAUUGUUAAUAAAUUGAGAAGUGGAUUUGCUAAGAUGACAGUAAGAGAAGCCAUAAAUAGUGCAAUGGGUUAAGAGAUUGAAAGAGAUUCAAAUGUGUUUUUGAUAGGUAUAUUAAUAAGGAAUAACAAUAAAUUAGGAGAGGAAGUGGGUUAAUUUUAAGGUGCUUAUAAAGUAUCUAAGGGUUUAUAUGAUCGUUUUGGAAAGAGUAGAAUUUGGGAUACACCAAUAACAGAGGCUGGAUUUACAGGUUUGAGUGUAGGAGCAGCAAUGUAAAAUUGACCUCAUUUUUUAUUAGGUAUGGACUUAAACCAAUAGUUGAAUUUAUGACAUUCAAUUUUGCAAUGUAAGCUAUUGAUCAUGUAAUCAAUUCAUCAGCCAAAUUAAAUUACAUGAGUGCUGGUGGUCUAAAUACAUCUAUAGUAUUUAGAGGAAUUAAUGGGUAUGAUUAUGAAUUUAUUAAUAUUUUAGUGCAGCAGCAUCAGUAGCAGCUUAACAUUCAUAAUGUUUUGCAGCAUGGUAUAGUUAAGUACCAGGAUUAAUUGUAUUAUCUCCAUAUGAUUGUGAUGAUGCUAGAGGUCUUUUAAAAGCAGCAGUCAGAAAUCCAAAUCCUGUUGUUUUUCUUGAAAACGAAAUUAUGUAUAAUGAAUCUUUUGAAGUCCCUGAAAAUGUUAUGGAUAAAGAUUAUUUGAUACCUAUUGGAAAAGCAAAAGUUAUGAGAGAAGGUAAAGAUGUCACUAUUGUAACAUUCUCAAAAAUGGUUAAGUAAAAUAAUCUAUUAAAUUUAGAUAUUCAAUGUUAGCUGCUGCAGAACUUGAAAGAGAAGGAAUUUCAUGUGAAGUUAUUAAUCUAAGAACCUUGAAACCUUUAGAUCGAAAUACUAUAAUUCAAAGUCUAUAAAAAACUCAUAGAGUUGUUACUGUAGAAGAAGGAUGGGGACAAUGUGGAAUUGGAGCAGAAAUAUGUGGUAUUAUUAAUGAAAGUAUUAUUCAUAUCAUAUUUCUAGCUAAUGCAUUUUUCCACUUAGAUGCACCUGUUGUUAGAGUUACAGGUGCAGAUAUACCAACACCUUAUGCAUUCAAUUUAGAAGAACUUAGUUUCCCUAAAACACAUAAUAUUGUAGAAGCAGUUAAGUUAGUAUUAAAAUGAUGAAGUCAUAUAUUUAUAUAGUAAAUAAUAAAGCCUCU